GUAGCUGCGAACUGGUGCAUGAGACAAACCUGUGCCACAUUUGUUUCUCAAAAAACACAUACAUAUUUUAUUGUGAACAACAAAUGGAAACAUCACAGAGGGGGUCCAGCAUUAGUCCACAGAUAUCUGAGAGUAAGAGGAAGCAGCAGAAAAUAGUGUCUUAAAAAGUGUCUCUUAGUGCGUCACUGGACUAUUUCUGCGCAGGGUUAAAUGAAAGGUCACUGUAUCUAAUCUGCACAGUUAGUCUUAUUUGAUUUUUAUAUCCUCAGAAUAGCCGUGGACAUUGCACAGUCAUUUUAGACUGAUUAUUUUUCAUUGAUUGGGCCGGCUCGCUGAGAGAGAAGUUUAUUUUAGAUCAGUGAAGCUCUCUUCAAAAAGAACCAAAAAGAGAAUCAAAUAUCAAGCUCUGAUUUGAAUAUUACAGGAAUAUCACAGUGAUACCAAACGCCACUUAAAGUGGAAAGGAUCAUCUGUGAGUGUUUAUGAUAGGACAAGCAUAAAACUUGGCUGUCCCAAUACCAUUAAGUGACUCAUUACUGAAAACCACAGAGACAAUAUUUCACUAAAUAUCCUAAAGAUGCCACAAUACAAAAUGUUUUAGGGACUUGUUUUUAUGAGGGCUGUGAUGAAUGUUGGCUCCUCUGCGCCACCAACACUGAAUACAGCCAGUUUUGUUUUCUCAGUUUAACUGAAUUCAGAUAGAAAGCAUGUGAUAGUAGUGACACGCCCCCUAGUGUUUGAUGUCUGCCAGGCUCCUGGACUUUGAUAACCUUGCUCUGCGUCCGGGAGCAUCACUGAAGGAAUGUGAAUGUGGAUUUGGAUGUCCUCCCCUCGCUUUUGCUAAUUGUUGAUGCAGCCCCGAGGGUCUCUCGCAUGGUGAUCAGGGCUCUCUGAUCCGUCUGUCCGCUCGGACCCUACGAUGAUAAGCACCGAAAGCGUUUUGGAGAGCGGGGACCAGCCUUGCAUCCGGCUGGAGCCCCUGAAGAACACACAGUUGCCGGGCAAGGCGACGCCGACCGGUGGCAGCCGCACCGCCUUCGUGGACGGCAGCCCCAAAGUGACAGCCAACGGGGUGCACGACAUAGAGGACCGGAUCCUGAGGAUCACCGGCUACUACGGCUACAACCCGGGAUACUCCAGUCAUAGAAGAGAGGAUGGUUCAGAGUCUCACGCAGAGACACCAGGCAGCGAGACCAGCAGUGAGAGCCGAUCCUACCAGACCUGCACCAACGCAGCUCUGAAGGUGCUGGGUGGCCUGCUGGUGGUGCUGUGUGUGUCAUCCUCCUGGGUGGGUACCACUCAGGUGGUGAAGCUGACCUUCCAGUCAUUCUCCUGCCCAUUCUUCAUCUCCUGGUUCAGCAGCAACUGGAACAUCCUCUUCUUCCCCAUCUACUACUCUGGACAUGUGGCUACAACACGGGAGAAGCAGACCCCCAUACAGAAAUUCAGGGAGUGCAGCAAGCUCUUUGGGGAAGAUGGGAUGACUCUCAAGCUUUUUGUAAAGAGGACAGCGCCCUUUUCAAUCCUGUGGACACUGACCAACUACCUGUAUCUCCUGGCCUUGAAGAAACUGACCGCUACUGACGUCUCUGCCCUCUACUGCUGCCACAAGGCCUUCGUCUUUCUUCUGUCCUGGAUCGUCCUCAAGGAUCGGUUCAUGGGUGUUCGGAUUGUGGCAGCCAUAAUGGCCAUCACCGGUAUUGUCAUGAUGGCCUAUGCUGACGGUUUCCAUGGUGAUUCCUUUGUGGGUGUGGCACUGGCCGUGGGCUCAGCCUCAACAUCAGCUCUAUACAAGGUGCUGUUCAAGAUGUUCCUGGGCAGUGCCAACCUUGGAGAGGUGGCUCACUUCCUUUCCACCAUGGGAUUCUUCAACCUCAUCUUCAUCUCCUGUGUGCCCCUCAUACUCUACUUCACCAAGGUAGAGCACUGGGGCUCAUUGUCCUCACUGCCCUGGGGAUACCUGUGUGGACUGGCAGGACUGUGGCUGGUGUUCAACAUCUUGGUCCAUGUUGGUGUGGUGCUGACCUACCCCAUUCUCAUCUCCAUAGGGACACUGCUCAGUGUGCCAGGCAAUGCAGCUGUAGAUGUUUUGAAACAUGAGGUGAUCUUCAGUGUGGUGCGACUGGCAGCCACCUGCAUCAUCUGCCUGGGCUUCUUGCUCCUUCUGCUGCCAGAGGAGUGGGACUCGGUCACGCUGCGUUUCCUGGCCACCAUCGCGGACAAGAAGUCAGAGGAGCACGGCGAGGAGCUCACAGAGUCCAGUGUCCACACUCGGAGCCGCAGUCGAGCAAAUGGUACCGUCUCCAUUCCCUUGGCGUGACAUGGCUGAGCUCUGCUAGUAGCCUGUCCUGAAGCCCUGUCUGCUCAUGUUCCCCCAUUGCCCACCCAGGAGGUGCGGCGGGAUCUUCGGUCCGCAUGGACUCACCGUCGGGGAGACCGGAAGUAUUGUCUUGAACUUUGAACUUCACUCUGGAGGUGCAAGUCUGUCUCCGUCACUUCACUUCAGGAGGGGAAAAGAGAACAUCUAUGGAGGAAAUUAGAAGGGUGGAAAGUGUUAUUUACUUUCUUGAAAUACUUACCACGCUCAGUCCUGUUCCUCGCACGCACCCAAACCAAGAGCUGACUAGCCUCCCCUGACCUGCUCUGCGGACUGUAUUCUGUGAAUAUAAAUAUUGGCAGGGCCAGUUUGGCUCAAUCUUAUAUGUAUUUAUGAUAUUUAUUUAGAGUUGUAUCAAUAAGAGUAUAAAUUUUAAGUCUUAUUGAAUAGUAUUAUAUACAAGAAUGGCAAUUAUACUAUGCGUAAUGUACAGGCUCUUUUGGUUUCAUAAUAAAAGACUUAAAACUCUCAUUCACCGUAGCGUAUUACUAGUUUUACUCGGGACCAUGUGUAUGUGGCUAAAAUCUUUUCUUUAACAAUAUUUUGGGAAAUUGUUUAGAUUUUUCAGUCAUUCCUUUGUUGCCAAAGAGGGACGCACACAUUGCUGACACUUCUGAUAAUUUGAAAUAUAUCAAUUUUAAUGAUUAAAAAAAAACACGGUCAGCAUAUUACAGGCUAAUUUGGCCUCAUAAUUUCAGACUUAAUUUAUUUGCUUAUUUUAGGCCAGUAAAUUAAUAGUUCUAUAAAAGUAAAGAGCACAGCUGUGGGGAAAAACAGUUAAUAAAUGAAAAAUGUUACAUUAUUAUUAUUUGAUUGAUGUUUUUGGGGUGGACUUGGACUCAUAACCUCAGUAUUUCUAAAACACUCUACUUGCAUUUUGUUCAAAUUCACUUUCCUAUUUCAACAUAAAAACAUGCCAAUUGACCAUAUGACCUAGCCAAGACACAUAUUCUGAUGCUAAAGCUACAAUAUUUUAAGGUAUGCUAACCAUUUUUUCUAAAUUGAAAAUGAGGCCCUGUAAGUAAGAAGAACAACAAGCCAAAUUAUUGUUGUAACCACCACUCUUGUAUCAUGGCCAAGUGAAGAACUAAGUGCUGUGUUUCAUUGCAACAGUAGUAAUCUGUAAAAUGCAUUGCACUGAUUUAGCAGCGAUGACUUUGCAGAGUUCUCCUCACUAUAAUAUACUAUGCAAUGCCUCUCUGUGCUGUACUUAGCUGUCACUGACACAUACACACACACCACUGUAGACUGAAAAAGAUUGAGAAGGAUUGUUUCUAUUCUAAUUUAUCCUCUUUCACAGAUACACACAAUCCGUGGUAAUAAGGCAUGCCUCUCUGCCUGGCAAUGGAAAAAGCCCACGGGAUCUGUUUUGCCUGUGGAGCCCAACACUGUGAUAGGCAUUUGUCAAAAUGACUUUCUAGUGUCACAUAACAUGGUGGCAAAAUUAAAUUUUAGUCCAAAUAGAUGAUGAGAGUUUCAGUAGAAUGAUUUCUGUCUUUUUACAUCACUCUGUCACACAUGCACAUACACACAGUCCCAAGAGUCACAUGACAGUGCUGCUAUGUUAUCUGGAGAACAGUCAGUGAAAUGAGACCUCUAAUGAAGCAUUUGCUGAAGUGACAGAUUCAGCUGAACAGUUGUGGUGGCAUUUUAACAUAUUGAAAUAAAUGAGCUAGAAGAAACAAGAGCAAUGAGUAAUGUUCACAUUUCAAUACCAUGAUGGUCACUGACACCCAGCUGCAUACUGAUAAGAGGCGUUAAUCAGAGAGGAGCCUCAUGUAGUGAAUGUAAAAUACUGCCUUAGUUACAAUAACAAAUUUUUGUAUGCAUUUGUUCUGGGUAAACAAAAUAUAUGCAGAAUAUACAAAGACUUACAAAUCGCUGCUACAAGGUCUGGUCAUAUUACAAGUUGAAUCAGCUUCAUUUGCUAAAAAGAGCCCAGCAAUCAGUUCUUUUAAAAGUAACAUAAGACAACUAAUAGUGCUCCAAAAAAGCUGAAUAAUUUAAAUAAUAACAAGACAAAGGCUCUACAGCCAUGCUAGCUGCUCUGUCAGGCUAUACAUAGGCACUGCAGUGCUUUGAGCUAAAUGCUAACAUCAGCAUGCUAACCUAACCUGCUCACAGUGACAUUGCUGACAUACUAAUGUCUGGCUGGUAUAAUGUAUAAUCAUUUUUAGUUUGGUGUGCUAUCAUGCUAAAGGACUUACUGUAAAGUACAGCUGAGGCUGUUGGGAAUAUCAUAUAGUAUUUGGUCAUACAUGUUAGGCAAACAGAAAUUUUGACCUGAUGGUGGCACUAAAUGAAAGUUCAAGGCUUAGAAGUUUGUACAAAUUAUCAUUUCACAGCAACAGCUGUAGAGAUAUUUCAUCAAAAAACAAAUAUGCCAUCCUCACAGUGGUCUUAAAGGAAAAUUCAGGGGAUCACUAAAGUAACUUCAAUUGAUCCUUUGGGCACUGUAGAAAGUCUGUAGUCUGUAGAAAAUUUCACAGCAGAUAUUUCAUGCUGCCAAUAUGGCUCAUAACCAGAAUUAUGUAAUAUAUAAGGGGGGACAGUUCUGAAAAUAAUCACCACAUAAUCUAUCCCAAACACAGACAAACUGUCCCAGCAAAGAGAAACAGAGGUCACAUUUUCAAGCUAACUGGUAGAGAUAUAAAACUAUGGCCUGACAUGUAACCUUUAAUGACCCACCUUUGUAACAGUGUUGUUCUAUCCCCUGGGGUGUUCUCAGCAAUAGCAGAGACACAUUUUUCACUCAGUUAACAAUUUCCUAAAGAACCUGCCUCUGUCUUCAGCCCUCUGGGCUUUCCAAUAGGGAAGAGGGUGCAGGAAAAUAACAGGUUCUUUCAAGCAUUAACUUAUGAGUUACAAAGUAACCUGUAGGGAGAGUUGCCAUAGAAACCUUGCUCAUUAUAAUGAGAAAGUCAAGUAUGAAGGUACGGAUGGAGUACGCAUCAGCUCUUUUAUCCAGAUCCAAAAGUGUUUAUUACAUUUGUACUUUUGGCACCAGAAAGAGAUGCUUCAGGACAAACAUUAAGUUUACCAGAAAGGGGGAUGUGAAGACCACAAGGUUUGUUUGGGAGCAGCUGGAACAAAUGGGGCGAGCUGAACAGUCAAAUUUGUGGGUGAAGUUAUCCUGUAACUGAAAGUUUUUUUUAUAGGAGAGGCCAAAAGGCCACAGGGAUUUGACAUCUACAGUGGACCAACAAUGACAGAAGCUCUUUGUGACUAAUGAGAGAUA